UGGAUCGACUCGGACUCAACGAUUUCAUAAUAAAUUGACCAGAACGCCCUUGUGCUUCUGGCUGUGGUGCACCAGUAGAGUAGGCUGCCGAUGACCGUCAUCCCUCUCCCGGCCCGAUCACCACCGGUGGUAGCAGCGGGGAUGGGGUCGAACCGCCUCGCCCUCCGCACAAGCACCGCCCGCCCGGCGGCCAAGGCCGUCGUCGACUGGGUGAAGGUCACCGACGCCGAGUUCUUCAACAACGGCGACAGCAGGCCCAUCAUGCUCUUCGAUGGUGUUUGCAAUUUGUGUAAUGGAGGUGUCCGGUUCGUAAGGGAGAAUGACCGCCAAAGAUACCGUCACGGAAACAGGAGAAUAAGGUUUGAAGCACUGCAGAGCGAGUCUGGCAGAAAGCUUCUGCAGAGAUCAGGGAGAUCACCUGAUGACAUCUCUAGUGUCGUGCUUGUUGAAAAGGAUAGGUCAUAUGUAAAGUCUGAAGCAGUGUUGAAGAUAAUGGAGUACCUUGACCUGCCUUUCCCUCAACUAGCACUUUUGUUAAAGAUGAUGCCUCUGUUGGUGAGGGAUUUUGCAUAUGACAAUGUUGCGAACAAUCGCUAUAUGAUAUUUGGCCGGUCAGAGUCAGAAUCAUGUGAGAUAUAAGGAGCUGAUGGUCCUACGUUCAGGCCACGAAAAUAGUCCUUGGGUAUAUCCAGUCUGCCAUGAUGAAGGUGGUCUGAGGUUGUUGAUAUGAAGUCAGCAAAUGCAUGAGCAGGAUAAGAAUCCUUGGAUGGUGAUGCCCUUGUUAACUACAUCUAUCAUGUCAGGUGCUGCUUGCCUCCCUACAUCUGUAUGCUCAGAGAAAAGACCACACCAGCAAAUCUGCCAAAGGCAUUCAUGUUGGCAAAUGCAGCUUCUGACAUCUUUGUUCCUACAUUAUUGAAGUAGAAUGCCAAUCCCAUCUGGUAAAUACCUGUUGACAGCAUGAAAAAAAAUAAAGAAACAGCAUGAUCUGACCAAUCAUGUCUACAUGGUUUAUAUUCUAUCAUACGUGUGCAUGUCAUGUGUGUUUGUGUUCUGUUUGGCAUGCUUCUGCACAUGGAGAUAAAAUUGAUCCUUUUACUGCAUACUUGAGGUCAGGUUCCUCUUUAUAGUUGAAAGCUUCAUCAAAUUCAAGCUUCUCUUUUAGUAGAUCCACUACAAACUCCCAAAUAUUUGCCUCGGAUGGAUAACAAAAAGUGUGAUAUAUAUUUUAUAUGCACCCAAAUAUAUGCAUGCAUGCAUGAUGUUUGUAAGGAUGUACAUAUGUAUGUGCGUGCACAUGCACACUCUGUGGUGGUACACAUGUUUUCUGAGUUUUAUGUAAAAAUCAAACAACUGAAAAUGGAAGUUUAUGAUGCUGGAGGCAGAAACAUAAAAAAGUGUGAAUGAUAAGCUAGAUCUACUGCACUAGAACACUCAAGAUUCAAGAUCAGAUUUGGUUCGCAGAUGAUAUUUCAGUUUGUUAAGGCUGCUGGUUGAUGAAUGGUCCUGUAGUUUCUUGCUCCCAAAUUCACGAACAACCAUCUGAACCUGACUGGGGUGCUAGUAUAUCUUUUAUA